UUGGACGAUCAGUUGGACGAUCAGUUGGUCGAUCAGUUGGUCGAUCAGUUGGUCGACCAGUUGGACGAUCAGUUGGUCGACCAGUUGGACGAUCAGUUGGUCGAUCAGUUGAUCGAUCAGUUGGUCGACCAGUUGGACGAUCAGUUGGUCGAUCAGUUGGUCGAUCAGUUGGUUGACCAGUUGGACGAUCAGUUGGUCGACCAGUUGGACGAUCAGUUGGUUGACCAGUUGGACGAUCAGUUGGUCGAUCAGUUGGUCGAUCAGUUGGUCGACCAGUUGGACGAUCAGUUGGUCGAUCAGUUGGACGAUCAGUUGGACGAUCAGUUGGUCGACCAGUUGGUCGAUCAGUUGGACGAUCAGUUGGUCGAUCAGUUGGUCGAUCAGUUGGUCGAUCAGUUGGUCGAUCAGUUGGUCGAUCAGUUGGUCGACCAGUUGGACGAUCAGUUGGUCGAUCAGUUGGUCGAUCAGUUGGACGAUCAGUUGGACGAUCAGUUGGUCGAUCAGUUGGGCGAUCAGUUGGUCGAUCAGUUGGUCGACCAGUUGGACGAUCAGUUGGUCGAUCAGUUGGACGAUCAGUUGAUCGAUCAGUUGGACGAUCAGUUGGACGAUCAGUUGGUCGAUCAGUUGGUCGAUCAGUUGGUCGAUCAGUUGGUCGAUCAGUUGGAUGAUCAGUUGGUCGACCAGUUGGACGAUCAGUUGGUCGAUCAGUUGGACGAUCAGUUGACCAACCAGUUGCCCAGUCGGGCAAGUCAGUUGGUCAGUUGGUCGAUCAGUUGA